ACAUUAUAUAAUAAUAAAAUGGAAAGCAUCACCGAAGUUAUUAAAGAAAAGAACACAGAGAUAAUCAGUCUAGAGAAGUCUAUCCUGACCGAAACCAAGAACCAGGACAUCUCCAGAUGCCAGAGCAUUCUUCUUAAGAGCUAUCCAAGACGAAUAGAACUUAAACCAUUGGAUUCAGACUCUUAAGAACUUCUCGAGAACAGUGGUCUUUCAAUCUAUUUCUGCCAACCUAGAGAUGUGCAACUUGCCAAAAGUUUCAAACACCUCAAGUUCUUUGCUAUAAACUGGAUUUCUUUUGUUAAUGCUGAUUCCAAAAAUAAGAGUUUUGAGGACUUCUUAGAAUCCUCAUUCCCGGAUAAAACUAAUAAGUUCUAUUUUUCCUCCAGGAAUAGAACUCAUCUGAAUAGGUCCAAUUACUUAAACUCCCUGGUCAGGAUCAGUUCUAAAGUCUGCCAAGAAGUUACAUUUCAGUCUUUCUGCAUUAGCCACCCCCAACAGAAGAGACUGGUGGUAGCUUACAAGCAUGUCAGAGUGUUGAGCUUGCAAUAUUGCAAGCUAUCAAUUCCAAGUGUUGCCAACUUUUCAAAGGCUCUGACAAAUUGCCAAAUCCAGAAACUAGAUUUAGAAGGAUCAGGAAGAGAAAGCUUAAGUAACUGGGGUAACAACUUUGACCAAUUCAAGAACUUGGUACAAGGAUUAGCUAGUUCUCCAGAUUUAUGAUUGAGUCUCAAAGAGGUAGGAAUCUAUGAGUGCGGAGU